UCUGCAGCCCUGACAGCGGCAGCAAGACGGUCAGCAAAGCUGCUGAUAAGAGGAGUACAAAGAGGGCUUGGUUCAUGGCAAGGGGGCAGUGGUCUGCUCGGCCGGCAACAUGCUACGCUUCUUGGUGCUCGCCACCCUGGUCCUUUAUGGACACAGCACCCAGGACUUUCCAGAAACCAACGCCCGGGUAGUUGGAGGGACUGAGGCCCGGAAGAAUUCCUGGCCCUCGCAGAUUUCCCUCCAGUACCUCUCUGGGGGCAAAUGGUAUCACACCUGUGGGGGGACCCUCAUCAGACAGAACUGGGUGAUGACAGCUGCUCACUGCGUGGACCGCAAAAUGACCUUCCGUGUGGUGGCUGGAGAGCACAACCUGAGCCAGAACGAUGGCACCGAGCAGCGUGUGAGUGUGCAGAAGAUCGUGGUGCAUCCCUACUGGAACAGCAGUAACGUGGCCGCCGGCUAUGACAUUGCCCUGCUGCGCCUGGCCCAGAGAGUUACCCUCAACAACUAUGUGCAGCUGGGUGUCCUGCCCCCGGCGGGGGCCAUCCUGGCCAACAACAAUCCCUGCUACAUCACGGGCUGGGGCAUGACCAAGACCAAUGGGCCCCUGGCCCAGGCCCUGCAGCAGGCUUACCUGCCCAGUGUGGACUACGCCACCUGCUCCAGUUCCAGCUACUGGGGCUCCACCGUGAAGAGCACCAUGGUAUGCGCUGGAGGAGACGGAAUUCGCUCUGGAUGCCAGGGUGAUUCUGGGGGCCCUCUCCAUUGCCUUGUGAACGGCAAGUAUGCUGUCCAUGGAGUGACCAGUUUCGUGUCCAGUCUGGGCUGUAACGUCUCCAGGAAGCCCACAGUCUUCACACGGGUCUCUGCUUACAUCUCCUGGAUCAACAGUGUCAUUGCUCCCAACUGAACGUCUUCCUGAAUCUCAUGGCCUUCCCAAGAUGAUGCUUAGACCCACGAAAGGACUUGAGGCCAUCAAGGAAAAAAAACAUUCUGAGAGGCCAUUGAGCCAGAUCCAGAAAAGCAAAUAAAACUGAAUAUGCAUGAUCA